AUGAGCACUUACUGCAGUCGAAUCUCGCGGGGCAACACUUUCCGUUUUCAUAGACGGAAUAAAAAGAUUCACCCGUCAGUGGUUCUGAGCCGCCGCAAGACAUCUGGCAGUCGUACGAAUAAAAAGAUUCACCCGUCAGUGGUUCUGAGCCGCCGCAAGACAUCUGGCAGUCGUACGAAGGAUUUUCUUGAAGCGCAAUGUUCCGAGCCCCGGAAGACACUGAACGCCGUGUGUCCCGCGCACACCUUCACGCAUCUGCACCAGAAGUUCAACGAACCGCAUAUCCAUCAUAAUUCCAAACGGUACACCAGGGAAUAUCCUGGGCAUGCAGACCACACAAAGGAAGACCGGAUGCACACACUUAGCGUCGCAGAAGUGCUCUACAACAAGUCUAAAACUCCCCCCCCCAUUUUGUGGAGUUUGACGCAGUUUGAAAAAUGCCCAUCAAGAAAGAACCAUUCAGAGGGGAGUAAUGCCCGCUGGAAUGUUUUCGUUUUCCCGGAAAGGGUACCCAAAGCAGUCCCCAAGCCAAAAGUCCAGCAAAGUCCUAAACAGGUGGUUCCUGGAGUUGGAGAAGUCAUGGGGUUCAUCAGGGUAGAACUGCUGGCGAAACAGGAUACCAUCUGUCUGCAGACUUGCCACCAGAGCCAUAGUGUUUUCUAUGUGCACAUUGCUGUCACCAGACCCAUGGACCAGCAACAAGGUCUUGUUUCUGAACAGGUCUCAACAGCCAUGGAUCAUGGGUCUACUUUGAAAUUCUGUUUGGCUGGGCAAGUUCUCAAGGAACAAGUUCUUGAGACUUCAAGGAUCCAUCAUUACUUCAUGCGCACUAUUGUCAAAGAGCUGUCCUUGUACUUGCAUGAGAAGAAGCUGUCUGGUGGUGUGGAUGUGGAGUUGGAGAGAGUAAUGCGCAGGUCCAAAAACGACGAAAACACACACUUGACCCGAUUGUAUGAAUCAUCCCGGAAGCAAAUGGUGCGUAUGUUGCAAAUGGAGUCUCAAAAGUUCUGCAAAUUCCUGGCCCAUGCCUUGAUCCGCAUCACCAUGGCCAAGACGGGUUCCGGACCCGAUGUCCGGGCCUCAAUCCUGGGUGCAGAAAAGAACCUUAGCCCCGCAGACGUGGACCUGCUGUCUAUUCAGCAAGAUUCAUCUGCAGCUGUAGCAGUCCUGGUUGACUCGGAUUACGGCCACAACACAGCCACAAGCCCCGUCGAUGACUCGGAUUUCCUCCAUAGAAAGCUUUCUUCAGAGGGAAGGAGAAGGAGACGCUACAAGUCUGGUCUGGGAUCAGACUCAAAUUUGCAAGUCAGCUACACCACCAACCGUCACCCCCCUAGAUCAGAUGCUGGCUCAGACCAAGAACAUGUAUCCCAGACUUUCAAAACAACAGACUACUCUGUUGCACAAAUCAAGUCCAUUAUGCAGGGGUUGACUGUACCCUCAACAUCAGGUAUUGCAGAGGUUUUCAACCUGUGCUUUGCAGAGCCCUUUUGGUUCCACCUGAAGUUCCCAGAUAACCCCGAAAUCGAUAUCCCCAAGGAAGAUAUUGUCAUGACGACUACUUCCGUGCCUGAGGGCAAGAUGCGGGCCACUGCCCUGCGACUAGUCAACGCAUUGCGGAGCGAGUCGGACUUGCUGACCGGCGAUAACGCUGUGUACAGGCGACGCACGGCCAAGGUUGCCAACUGGAUCUCGUCCAUCGGUGAGGGAAAGAAACACCGACGGGUAGAGGACACUGCGCAACUGCCAGCCACUGUGCGGUCCAUGCGACUCUUGAAAAUGGCCAGCAAGUUCAAGGACCCUGCUGAUGAUGUCGACUCUGAAGACUCUCGAAAGAGAAUGUCUGAAAUGCGGCAAGUGACCUAUAGACACAACAAGGAGUUGGAGCGUAAACAAGCCCUGGAAGAGGCGAAAGAAACUGCGUCCAAGUAUCACCACGCGUCAGACCGGUGGCGCCAUCGCAGCAAGCCGCGCAAAACUCGCCCACGUCGACCCCCGCGGGGUUCCCAGCAGCAGGGAUUCAAAGCCCCCGAUGACGUGGAACCCAGCACCGACGACAUCCUCAACUCGUUCACCCCGAGUGGCAACAAGUCAUCCCUGGAUUUCCUCGUGGUGCCCGCUGAAAAGGUGUUGAAUCCGAAAACUGGCCGGGUUCGAGGCAGAAAUAAAGACGCUGAUGACGACAACGACGACGACGCAGGGUCGACACUGGGCAAACAUUAUCUCGAUGACGUGCCCGCGGGGGCUUUGAAGAGGGUUCUGCACCAGGUCCUGCCCCCGGGGGCUGCGUCCAGCAAAACCAGCACCAGUGCCUCAUCUGUGAGCAGUUCCACCAGCAGCAAUGCCUGGUCCAAGACUGUGGACAAGGAUCAUGGCCGAUUGGCAACCUUGAAGCCCAUUCCGAUGCAAAGGGCUCCUUUUUGUGGCAAAAAAUGCAGGGUCCUGUUUCUCAAAGAUGUUGAAAGGUAUCAGGACUGUCUCCAACGCUGUCUCCUAGGGAACACAAGAUACAUGAAAACAAUGAUGUUGAACAUUCUCCAAGAGAUACAAGAAGCCAAUAAAGUUACAGUCUGGAACCCCAGCAAGCAGCAGCCAGCUGAUCCCCUUCAGGGGCCAACAGCAGACAUGAAACCAAGACCCAGUACAGUUUCCAUCAAAUCACUGACCAAGAAGUCUUCCAGAUCCUCCAGCAGAAAGAGAUACAGAAGCCCAAAGAGGAAUAGGGUCAGACAUGUGAGUGGUCAGGAUACAACUGAGAAAGAUGGCCAAGAAAUAUCUGCUGAAGAAGCAUCCCAAGAUCAUCCUCAACCAGAAGGCACCAAGUGUGGUGAUGUUGAAGGCAUUGUGAAGCUCCAAGAGAGUGCGGUCAAGUCUAUCACAGAGGAAAUAUCAAAGGUAUUCUACAGAACUACAAAUGAAGUU